AUGGACGUCACUAUCUCGGCACCCGAAUCCGACGUUCUGGUGCGAAAAACCUUGGAAGCGUUGUACAUAAAAGCCAAAAGUCCAACCAUGAAUUCCGGAAAGAAGAAACUCGAAGUUGAGUCUCGCUUUAUUCGACCGACUGCAAUAUCGUUCGACGAACUGAAGAAUCUGGCGGAGCAGCAUCCAUAUGCAAGUGCGCGGUAUUUUGCUGCCAGUCUUGGCUGUUCGCUGUCCACCGUGAGCAAUGGACUGCGAUCUCUCGGAAUGGUGAAAAAGCUCGGUCAGUGGCUCCCACAUGCAUUGAGCGCCGGCAACCGUCAAAGACACCUGAACAUCUGCACUCAGCUGCUCUCCAGAAACCGCAGAUUCGACUGGCUGAACACCAUUGUCAAUGGAGAUGAAAAAUGGGUCCUCUACGUCAGCCACACCCACAAACGUGCGUGGUGCGCUGGCGAUGAAGUGUCGGGUCCUUUCGUGAAAGGUAAAAUCCAUGAGAAGAAGGUCAUGAUGAGCGUCUGGUGGAGAGUUCAUGGAAUCUACCGUUUUGAACUACUGCCGGACAAAGACUGGGCGACAAGAUCUGCAAGGAGCACCCGAAGCUCGACAACUUUCGCCUGCUGCACGAUAACGCGCGCCCUCACAUCGCGAAGAAGACUUCACAGACAAUUCUGGAGCUCGCGACUACCACCUCUUCCGAUCUCUUCAGCAUCACCUGGAAGCGAAGCGAUGAUCGUGACCACCUCGAAAAUGACUAUCGGGCUUUCUUCGCCUCCAAGUCGUCGGAGUUCUAAGCCAGAGGAAUCCGUGAUCUUCCAAGUAUGGAGUCAAAUAACGCCACCAGUACUAAAAUAUGGAUCGUUUAAUGGACAGGGUAACCGUUGGAGUACUAAAAUGCUGAAAAAGGCGUGCAGGGAGAUAAGAACGAGGAAUGAGAUCUUGAUUUCCUACGUACCUCUGGCUGAAUUGCUGCGUAGAACGGAAAAUUACCAGACCUUAAGUACAUAUUGA